AUGAGCACCAGCACCCUCAUCAAACCACAAGCAGGUAAAAACUUUGUCGUUUGCAUUGACUUUGGAUCUUCAGGUUCUGGCAGUUCAAUUCUCUUCGUAAAGGAUGAAGAUAAAAUUUUCACUCUCAAAACUUAUCCAGACUCCCCUAACGUAGUUUACAAUAAGAAUAUGUCAUGUAUUUUAUAUGAAGAUGGUAAGAGACAUAGUAUUGGUUAUACUGCUAGAAAGACAAUGUUCUUUGAAAAUGAUGACGAAGAUUCAGAUGAAGAUUCCGGUGAAGAUUCGGAUAGAGAUUCAGAUAGUGAAAGUGAAGAAUCUCAUGGAUCAACUUCAACUGCUCCAUCAAAAAAAUCAGCAACUCCACUAAAAGAUAGAAAAUUUAUCAGAGAUUUAAAAAUUCAAUUCAUGGAAGCAACAAAAGAUGAGAAGGAAAUUUCAAUUCCAGAAAUAGUAAUUUCCAAUGAUGGAACAACCAAAUCUUUACUUGAUGUGAUGGCAGAUUACUUAUCCAUGUUAUUCACAGAUUUUAUCAUGAAGAGUUUAAAGAAUAACGAUAGCUCUGUUAAGAAAACUGAUGUUCGUUGGUGCAUUACAGUUCCCGCCAACUAUUCAGAACAUCAAAAAUCCCUAAUGAGGAAAGUGGCAUGUAAGGCAAAGAUUAUAGAUAAGGAAAAUUGUGAUGAGAGUGAUUUGAUUAUCAUUUCUGAACCAGAUGCUGCUACCAUGUUCUGUAUGAAACAUAAGGCUAAAUCUAAACCACUUACAAAUGGUGAAACUUUUAUGGUAGUUGAUGCUGGUGGUGGUACUGUAGAUGUCAGUUGUCAUAUGCUUGAAAAUGGUAAAUUGAAAGAGUUGGCAGUUCAAAAGGCAGAGCUAUGUGGUUCUACAUUUAUUGAUAGAGAAUUUAUUAAGAUUUUAGAAGAAAAUUGUGAUAAUUUCAAAGAAUUUACAGAGAAAAAUCCAGAAACUCUUGUCAAGAUAUUAUCAAUUUGGGAAGAUGUUAAGAGAGGUACUUUGACAGUUGACAAGAAAUUGACAUUUGACACAUCUCCAAUGUUUAAAAAAGCAAAACCUAAUAGUUCAAUUUACAAAUCAAGAUCUACCAAGAUUGCAUUAACAGAUGAACAAAUGAAAAGAAUAUUUGACAGUCAAGUGUCAAAAGCACUCAAAUUGAUUGAUGAAGUUUAUAGAGAUUAUGAAGAAGAUUAUCCAAGUAGAAAGAUGGAUCACUUAUUUAUUGUUGGUGGUUUAGGAGAUAAUGGUUAUUUCCAAAAUCGUAUUAAGGAAAGAUUUGAAAAGAAAUUUAAGGAAAUUUUAAUUCCACUUUUCUGUUCGACAGCUUUAUCAUAUGGUGUUGGUGUCAUGGAAGAAUUUGAAGAAGGGCAUCAUGCUGAAAGCAAGUACAAGGUCAUUAAUGGUAAACAUAUGGCAGUUGACGUGUUGGAUGUUUUUGUUGAACAACGUGAAGAAGUUGAAAUUGAUAGAGAAAUUGUUAGAGAAUAUGAAUGUUUACCAGGUGCUACUCAAAUUGAUGUUGUUCUCUAUUCAUCUAUUAAGAGAAGAGAAGCAAUUCCUUAUAUUGAUUCACCACUAGUUUCUAAAGAGGAAACAAUUACAAUUCCUUUUAGAGAUUCAUCAAAGGAGGCAGAUAGAAGAGUUUUUAUUAAAUUCUUCUUUGGUAAAUCAGAAUUAAUGAUUACUGUUGAAAAUGCACAAGGUGAAGUUAAGGAAAUUAAGAGAGAUUUUGAAGCAAACUCACUUGCCCUAAAAUAAAUAGUUGAAAUUCCAUUC